AAAACCGAAAGCUCGCCUCACCGUUGUGGUUUUUUGUUCCUGCUCUGUGCUUUGUGUGAUACCCCGUCCUGCAUUGUUUCGUUCUUGUUCGAGAUGGCUCUCGCUCUGCUCAUUCCCAUACUGGCCGGUGGCGCGGCGGCGCAAAUGACACUGCCACUCAUCAACUACGAUGAGGUUGUAAACGCCCUCAACCCCAACGAUCCGGGUUACCAGAUCUGCACCGCCGCGGCCCAAUUUCUCUCGGGUUGCGUUGCUCAAGCUGGAGGAUCCGAGGCGCUGUCCACUGCGAACCCGCUGUCGCUCGCAGCAUGUGCUUGCUGCAUUGGAACGACUGAUGUAGCUCCCGUCUACAGUACUUGCGCCGAUUAUCUCGGUUCCGAGGCGCCUCAGUUGGGCUCUCAGAUCUCUGCCUACGACUAUCUCUAUACCGUCUGUGGAGGCUCCCCAGAGGUCUGCCGUAAUCAAGCUGCUCCAACCAGUUCGCAACCUCCAGCGUCGUCUCCUACUCCUAAACAAUCGUCACAAUUUCAGUCUCCUCCGCCAUCCAGAUCGACCGCUUCACCGGCCUCCUCGCCGAGCAGCAUUCCGCAAGAAACAUCGGGUGGCUUUACAGCAGAGGGCUCAACGGCUGAACCCACCAAAGCUUCCGCAACUGGAGGCGCUUCGGGCACCUCACCCGGCGCGGGAACAGGAACCGCAACCAGCUUUGUGACAACCCUUGCAUCUGCCUGUGUCCAGAUGGUGGACAUUUUCCAGGAGUGCACCAGAGCAACACCUGGUUUUACAGAUAUGCCCUUUGGACAGCAGGCUUACUGCUACUGCUGUCGAACUGCUUUGGAUGGCCAAAUAACAUGGACUGAUGAAAUCGAAACAUAUGCUUCGACAUGUCGAAACUGGGGCGCCACAGCCGGCCCCGGAGAGCCCGUUACCGCCUAUGACGUGGCCAAAACGUUUGCUACAUUCUGCCAUCAUUUCAGCGAUGUUUGCUCUGCCUCGACCACCCCGCCCACAGAUACCGCCACGAACCAAGGUAACGGCGGAGCGACGACAACUGAGGGCGGCCAAGUUACCGUUACUGUUACUCAAGGGCCAGCUACUACGUCCAAUGCGGCUGCAACUGCUCGUGUCGGACUCGCUGCCGGCGUGGUUGCAGUGGCUGGCUUUGCUAUGAUGGUUUAAGUGGCGGUUGGGCGUACACUGAAGGAAUUAAUGAUGUGAAUUUUUUUAUUUGAAAUGUUGAGAUGAAUGUAACGGGCAACGUCACUGCCAAGGAUGUAAUUACUAUCCCGCCGAAGUAGGAGGGAUAUGCUGGAUAUAUAUGUCAUAUACUCUGGGUAUAUACACACAAAGUGCAUUGAGACAGCUGCUUUAGCGACCGUUAAUGAUAUGUUUAAUGAAUCUAUUACUAUACCGUCAAGUCAACAUUGACUCUCUUGAGUGCCUCCACAGCCCACUCAGGGUACUGCGUCUUAUCCUCAUAAAGCCCUGCGAAAAACUGCCGGAUAAACGCAGGAAACCUAUCCUCAAUAACCGCCUGUCGAAUGUCGCGCAUGAGCUGCAGCUGAUACCAAACAUUGUGAAUCGUCAGCAGAUGCGCCGCCACCGUCUCCUUGGAAGCGUUGUGGUGGAUAAAGGCUCGCGUGAUGCCCAUGCCGUCCUCGCCCUCUCUGCAACACAUGCAACCACAGCCGGGUUCAAUCGGACCAAAGUCAUUGGCGUACUUUGAGUUUCGAAUGUUGAGGACGCCGUUCUUCGUGACGGCGUUUCCGAAUCGCGCUGUCCUUGUGGGCCAGACGCAGUCGAACAUGUCUGCUCCGAGAGCGACGCUGACGAUCAGGUCUUCUGGGUAGCCAAUGCCCAUCACAUAUCGAGGCUUGAGAUCGGGCAGCAUGGCUGUGCAUGUCUCGACGACGCGGCAGUAGUCUGCCUUGGCCUCUCCUCCGCUGAGCCCGCCGAUGGCGAUGCCAGGAGUAUCCCUCGCCAACAUUUCUUUGCAGCACUCUCGUCUCAUAU